UGUGUCACAGACGGGGCGUCGAUGAAAAGCGUUUUCUUGUGUGGAGCCCAUAGCGUCGGCAAGACCACCUUGCUCGCCAGUCUGGCGCAAGAACAACGUUUUAAAGGUUACAAGCGAGAACAAGAACUAGCACGAGGAAUCAUUAAACAGCAGAAACUAAAACGCGACGAUUUUGAUCACCAGAAACAUCCCGAUGCAUUCGAACGUCUCCAGCUGGACAUCCUACAGAAGCAGAACGAAGUGGAAGAGCGCAACACAAAAGAAGGCGUACCCUACCUAAUGGACAGAGGAAUUGACCCUCUUGUUUACGCUCGCUACUAUCUAGGAGAAGAAGCCUACAAACGCCUACUGGAUAAUCCGUGGGCUGGUACAAGUUUAGAGAGAUACCGUUCAAAGUCUUCUCGUCUCUUUGUGAUUGAACCACACCAACAGUGUAUUGAAGACGACGGUGUCAGAGUUAGACCCAACCUGAAAGAGCUGCAAGAAUUUACGAGAGUAAUGAAAAAGACGUUGGACGAAAACAGGAUUAACUACACAAUCAUCCAUGAUUUAGACAUUAGGAGACGCGUCCAAGUCGUCUUAGAAGCUACAAAAACAUAGUCAUUCAUGCAACGUGCCAAUAGACCGUCGCUCUAGAGAGUGUGAAUCGUCUUGAAGCCUUAUUCUUGGUGCUUGUGUAGUGGCUAUUUGCAUGCAUACCGGUCCAACAUUGCAUGACUGAAUGUAUGCGCGCGCAGAGUGUAUUGGUGUGAUGAACGGGU